AUGUGGGGUGGAAAUUAUAAUGGGUGGCAGGUGGUGGUGGCGAGCAGUGGUGAUGGGUGGUGGAGACAGGUGAGGGUGAUAGGAAAUGGUGAUGGGUGGUGGGUGGUGGUGAGGUUGGUGAUGGUGUAUGGUGGUUUUGGUGGGCGAUGGAUGGUGGUGAUGGGUGGUGGUGGUGGUGGUGGAGUUGGGUGGUGGUUAUGGGUGGUGGAGGCGAGUAGAGGUGAAGAGUGGUGGUGGCGAAUGGUGGUGAUGGGUGGUGAUUGGUGGUUGGUGGUAAUGACAGGUGGUGGUUGUAAUGGUGGGUAA